GGAGAAUUGGCUGUAUCAAUCUGACAGAAAUCCUCAUGACGCGGUAGCAGGCAGCAGACAGCUGGACAAGAGCUCAGAUUUCGAGGUAAAAAUGUCCGUGGAGAAGCGCCUGGCAUUCUCUAUUGUGCAGUUCCUACGAGAUCAAACACACUGUGGUGCUUUGAAUUCUGAUGAGCAGGAGAGCCUCGAAGUUGCGAUUCAGUGUUUGGAGACGACCUUUAAGAUCAGCUCCAGUGACUGCCAUCUUGCAGUGCCACAGCCUCUGAGAGAGAUAUUCCUCAACUCUCUGCUCAAGAAUGACAACCUAACCGUACCAGAGACCUCGCCGUCUCCAGAAGACAUCGAACGAGCAGAGCAACUGAAGAAUGAAGGGAACAAUCACAUGAAGGAAGAGAACUACAGAUGUGCAGUGGAGUGCUACACAAAGGCCAUUGAUCUGGACCUGAGAAAUGCUGUGUACUAUUGCAACAGAGCUGCAGCUCACAGUAAACUUGGAAACUACACAGAGGCGACUGGUGACUGUGAGAGAGCCAUCGGGAUUGAUCCGUCCUACAGCAAAGCAUACGGGAGGAUGGGACUGGCUUUGACAGCGAUGAACAAGUAUCCAGAGGCCAUUACCUACUUCAAAAAGGCGCUGGUGCUAGACCCUGAGAACGACACCUACAAAUCCAACCUGAAGAUCGCAGAGCAGAAGCAGAAAGAGGCGACCAGCCCAAUAGCAGCUGGACUGGGAUUUGACAUGGCGAGCUUAAUCAACAACCCGGCCUUCAUCAGCAUGGCUGCCAGUGUGAUGCAGAACCAACAAGUACAACAGCUUAUGUCAGGGAUGAUGUCAAAUGCAGUCGGGGGUCCGGCAGCAGGAGUGGGAGGACUGUCAGACAUUUCCAGUUUGAUUGAAGCGGGACAGCAGUUUGCCCAGCAGAUCCAGCAGCAGAACCCAGAGCUGAUCGAGCAGCUGAGGAACCACAUCCGGAGCCGCUCGUUCAGUGGCAGCGCAGAGGAGCACUCAUGAUCUACAUCGUGUCAUAUUUUUUCAAGAAAGGGCAACCAUAUGGCGCGAUAACAAUCUCUACACCCAUUUCUUAAUGUCAAAUCCCCGGCACAGCUGGACAGAAGAGACAAGGAUGGGGUUGAAGGCACUUUACUGUGACUAAAGGCCCUGUAGGUGAGAAAAGAGGGCCUGGAGAGCGGACCACGACAUGAAGCAUCCCCACACAUCUAGGGAAAAACAUCUUUGUUACCACGUUUAUAUCAAGAGCCAAGAACGCAUCGAGAAGCUUUUCCAUCCUGCAAAGAUUGUGUUUUAUAUGUGCUGAACAUCUCUUCAUGUUAGGAGUGAAGGAUCCGUCUGUGUAGUUACGAUGAGGGUUUCUGGAAGGAAUGUACUUUUACAGCAAUGCAGGGAACAUUUCAGCUUUUUCUCAUUGAAUAUCCAUAAAACAUCAGGUUUACCUUGUUUAUACUGCAUCGGUUAUUUUUGUAGAAAUGAAACACUCCACUUGUCCAUGCGGGUGAUAAAAGAUCAUUGAAUAUUUGUACACGUAGGACUCACCUCACUGCUUUUAAUGAGAACUACGACAGUUUUAAUUCAGACUACAGUUUAAUUGUACAGCAGUGUUUGCAGCCUGCAUUAUGUUAUUGCACUUUAGAGAAAAACAACUAAAUGUCCCCCUUUAAGAAUAUUUAUUGUUCAUUAACUGCUAACAGAAUAUUCAGAUUGUUCAUUUUGCAUGCUCUUAAAUCUGGUAUUUGAGAUCAGAUGCUUUAUGAAACAAAUAGGUAUGCUAAGGCGGCACAAUGUUUUGUCUAAAACAUGUCAAUAAAUGUCUUGAAAUUUA